AUGAAGACGGCUAAGCGCAUUGCGCUCGCCCUCUCGAAUAUCUUGAUACCCAUUGCGGUACUCGUUUUCGCAACGGGCUUCUUUCCCUAUAAACCCUUCCUGUCUGGUCUGGCCACUUUUGAGGAAGUCGAGAAUGAAGAGCUGGGACUUGGUUUGCUUAAGGGCAAUGACCGGCCGCAGCGAAUCUUUGACAAGGUUAUCUUCAUGACCGUCGACGCAUUGAGGAGUGAUUUCGUCUAUGGCCAUGGAUCAGGCUUCACCUUUACCCAAGAACUCAUCCGCUCUGGCGCCGCGCUGCCUUUUACCGCACAUGCCACUCCGCCCACCAUCACCAUGCCCAGAGUCAAGGCACUAACCACUGGCUCGGUACCUUCGUUCCUCGACGUCAUUCUCAACUUUGCCGAAAGCGACACCACUUCUUCUCUGGCCACUCAAGAUACAUGGCUGGCUCAAGCAAAAGCCAAUCUCAACAGUGGGAACCUCAUCUUCUACGGAGACGACACCUGGUUAAAGCUGUUCCCCAACUUCUUCGCCCGACACGAUGGCACCAGCUCUUUCUUCGUCUCAGAUUUCACAGAGGUCGACAACAACGUUACCCGGCAUGUCCCAAGAGAACUGGAGCAACCUGACUGGGAUGUCAUGAUUAUGCAUUAUCUCGGGCUGGAUCACAUCGGUCACAAGGCCGGGCCCCUGAGUCUCAACAUGCUGCCAAAACAGAAAGAGAUGGAUGGCAUUGUCAAGAAGAUAUACGAGGCCAUGGAACUCAACACCCACCUCGAUGAUACCUUGCUCGUUGUGGCUGGCGACCACGGCAUGAACUCUGGUGGAAACCACGGAGGUUCUGCCCCUGGUGAGACCGAGCCCGCUCUCGUCUUCAUUUCACCAAAGUUCAUGGAUCUGGACAAGUCAGCCUAUUCCGCUCCCACUGAUCCCAAAGAAGGAACCGAGUUCGAGUUCUACCGCAAGGUUGCUCAGAACGAUGUCGUGCCUACGCUUUCCGCUCUUUUGGGCAUUCCUAUCCCUCGCAAUAACCUUGGAAUCAUCCUGCCCGAGAUGCUUGGCUUCUGGAACGCCAAGGUCAGCAGUGCAGGCUUGAACAUCGCAGCCGAGUUGCUCUACAGGAAUGCCUUACAGAUGCUGAGCAUCAUCAAGGCUAAAUUCGGUGACUCUGACGCCUGGAAGUACGAUCCGAAAGUUCAAGGCUCUGUCCAAAUGGACUGUCAAGAUUUUGAAGAUGAGCAAAGACUCAAGUGUCGCUGGAUCUUGGUCAGAGACGCCCUGUCUCGUAGUAUGCAACCAGGAGAGCUUGUGGCUUCUGUCGCGCAUUUGAAUGAGUUCCUCAAAGAUGCCCAGGACGUCUUAAGUACUACAGCAAGUAGCUAUAACGUCGAUCGCUUGAUCGCUGGUGCUGCUAUUGCAGCCGUCUCUCUUGUUUUGGCUAUCUUCUCAAAACAGCAUGUCUGGCCACCAACAUCUGCUGGUCUGGGCUUCACUUCGAUCACCAUCCUCUACGGCGUUCUGAUGUUUGCCACUAGUUACGUCGAAGAAGAGCAACACUUCUGGUACUGGGCUACAGCGGCUUGGAUGGCCUAUCUCUAUGCCGCAAAAACCAAAGUCAUUGGACUUCAGACAUCGGUGGUCUUCUCCGCUUUUGUCCUCCUCGCGCUUCAUCGUCUAUCAACACGCUGGAACCAGACUGGUCAAAAACAUGCUGGCGAACCCGACGUCGCUCACACGUUCUUCCCUAACCACCACAUCAUCCUAUGGACGCUGAUCAUCACGGCUUACAUUCAACUAGCCUUCCGCAUUGGACGACGUACUUUUGCUGACAUCCUGGCUCCUGAGUUCGCAACCAUUUCUGCCAUCUCCCUGGUCUUGCCUUCGUUUGUCUUCAAGCUCAACUUCACUCAAGCCGAUGCGCCAGAACUGGUUGGUAGCCUCGCCGAAACUAUCAGAGAGUGGACUUCAGAGCUGGAUCUUGUCACCCAAGCCAGGACCGCUUUUGUAGGAAUGGCUAUUGCCACUCUUGUUGUUCUCGUUAUGGUCGUCCUAGGAUACGGACGCGACGAUGAAGCAGUAAAGAGAGGUGCCAGCGGGUUCACAGAAUCUCGUCUUACAUCUCGCCUUCACGAUCUUCUUACGCUCUUCCUCAUUACUCAAACACGCGCUCAAAACAUCCCACUCUUCAUGUUCUUUGACUUGCAGGCUCAAAUUCUCUUCCAUCUACUCUCGCGACCAACCGUACCCAUCGCCACCAAUUCUCAUACAUACACCAAACCUCUGCCGGUGCUUUCUACCACGAUUACUAUCCUUCUUAUGGCGCAUACUUCUUUCUUUGCACUCGGAAACUCCAACGCUAUUUCUAGUAUUGAUCUCAGCAAUGCGUACAAUGGUGUAAGCGGCUACAAUGUCGUUGCUGUUGGUGUCCUUCUCUUCGCGUCAAAUUGGGCAGGUCCGAUAUACUGGAGCACUUGCGCGGCUGUACUCUUUACCCUACCUUCCAUCGAACAAGAAGAAGCAGCCCUCGAUCGUCUCGAAAAAGCAGCCGAAAGACAACGAACCCUAGGCAACAAAAAAUGGAUCCACGAGGAACGAGAACUUUUGCGUCAACAAGCUACAAACGUAUCUGCCCCCACAUCCAAGCAAGAGAAAAAUGACACAGACAUCUGGCAUGAACAUAUCAGUAUUAUGUCUGUCUUCAUCUCUGCGAGCUUGGUGGCUGUGAUGGUGGCAUGUACUGUUCUGAGGACGCAUUUGUUUAUUUGGACGGUGUUUAGUCCAAAGUAUCUUUACGCUAUGGCUUGGGCUGUUGCGUGGCAUUUGAUUGUUAACAUUGGGAUUGGAGGGUUGCUGUGGAGUGUUAGAUAA